CGGCGCCUCCAUAAUCUGUACCGUCGGUCAGUCGGCAUCUUUGUCGUUGUGUGUUGUGUACGCGUCAAAAAAGAGUGAGCAAACAUGUCUGGUCGCGGCAAGGGCGGAAAGGCCAAGGCGAAGGGCAAGUCCCGUUCCUCUCGGGCCGGUCUCCAGUUCCCUGUGGGCCGCAUCCACCGGCUUUUGCGCAAGGGCAACUACAGCGAGAGGGUCGGUGCCGGCGCUCCAGUCUACCUCGCCGCUGUCCUGGAGUACCUAGCCGCCGAGGUGCUCGAAUUGGCGGGAAACGCUGCCCGAGACAACAAGAAGACCCGUAUCAUCCCGCGUCACCUUCAACUCGCCAUCCGCAACGACGAGGAGCUCAACAAACUCCUCUCCGGAGUCACCAUCUCCCAAGGCGGCGUCCUUCCCAACAUCCAGGCCGUACUGCUGCCCAAGAAGACGGGACAAACCAGCACCGGCGGCAAGCCUGGCAAGAAAGGAGGCUCCAGCCAGGAGUUUUGAGGACAUUUUCUUAGUCAUCCCGCUUGUAAAGCCGUCUCUUAGCUAGCCAUCGGCUCUGAGCGGCGUCGCGAAUCAUGUUCAUGUUUCAUGUUUGAAAGAAUCACUUUGGCAGUCGGUGUUUGCUUUGUCGUUAGGCCUAAAGCCGGUCUUUUAUUUUGUAGCGGCAUUCAUUCAUGCAUUUUAUUUUUCCUCGUGCUGUGGUACCUUCCCAUUGUCAUUGCCUUUCCUCACGGACUUCCUGUAAAGUUCUGUCAAAUUGCGAGGUCGCUGAACAAAUAAAAGCACUUCGAACUGCUA